AUGGAAGUCUUGAAUGUGGCUUUGCUAAGUAAAUGGAAAUGGCGUAUUCUAAUGGAUAAAGAAGCGGUUUGGCGAGAUAUUUUAGAAGAGCGCUAUGGUAAUAUUAAGCUUAAGGUUUUGGUUGGAGACUCUUCGGUGGUGAACAAAAAAGACUCUAUGUGGUGGAGAGAUUUGUUAACUUCGGAUAACUAUGAAAAUCUCCUCUUGGAAAAUUUUGCUAGUGCUAUCCAAGUUAAGGUGGGAAAUGGGCUAUCCUCCCCUUUUUGGUAUGCGGAUUGGGUCGGGGAGCUUUCACUUUUGAAAAUCUUUCCUAGUUUGUAUUCCAUGGCUAGAAACCAUUUGCAAUCUAUUUUUUCUGCUGGUUCUUUUCUUCAUGACAACUGGCAAUGGGACAUUUCCUCCCUGUUUGCGGUUGGCAGCCUGGCUCGGACAGCAGCUGAGAGGAGAUUUGGCUCAGGUUCGGUUCCUUAUUAUGCUGUUACAGGGGAAGAUUUUUUGGCUGAACAGGAUGUGGAUUCCCCACAUAUGGCCGUGGCUGUAGAUGGUGUUAAUGAUAUGCAGAAUUCCUUGCUUGAAUUUUGUAAUGCUAUCAACAGUAAGCGCUUUAUAAAGGAUGAGGAGGACUCUUUCAUUUGGAGGCUGAACUCGGAAGGUUGUUUCUCGGUAAAAUCUUGCUAUGUUUUCUUCAAAGGAAAUUUAUCGGGUCCUCCGUUGAAUGUUGUUAAGGUUAGGGCCCUUGCUCAUCUUUGGACCAUAAAAGUGCCUUCCAAAAUUCUGUUUUUUUGUUGGAGAUUUAUCCACAAUAGAAUUGCUACUAAGGAGAAUUUAGUGAGGCGGGGAAUUUUAAAUGAUGUAGGAGACUCUUUAUGUGUUCUUUGUUAUUCAGAGGAGGAAACUCUUGCGCACCUUUUCUCGGAUUGUGAAGUGUCUAAAAGAGUUUGGCGUAGAGUCUUCAUGUGGCUUGGAGUAGGGGAUUUCUUAUCUAUGGAGGAAUUCUUAGAGUUCUUUUACAAUUGUUCAAAGAUCGGUUGUCUUUCAAAAAGAGUUAUUGCGGCGGUGGUUUGGUUAGCUACGAUUUGGACCUUGUGGAUUAAGCAUAAUGCCAUCAUCUUCAGAAAUGAUUCUUUUAGUUUCAUAGAGUGCAUGUCGGAGAUAGUUUUCGUUUCAUGGAGUUGGCUUAAUUCUUUUUAUAAAAAGUUGCCAGUUAUGUAA